AUGCUUUUAUCUUUUUCGUUUUUUCUUACCUGGUUUAUUUUCCUGCCCCAAGCGGCCUUAGCCGGACAAUGCAAACCCUAUUCCCCUGGCGUUCGUCGAUUCGAACUUGAGCUCACAUGGAUAACUGCUUCUCCUGACGGAGUUGAGCGGCAAAUGAUUUUCACCAACAACCAGUUUCCAGGACCUCAACUAGAUAUCAUAGAAGGCGACAAGGUCGAGGUCGUUGUUAAGAACUCGCUUCCAUUUUCGACAGCCAUACAUUUUCAUGGGAUUUCCCAGAAAGGAACACCAUGGUCAGACGGAGUCCCUGAUGUUACUCAAAGAGCUAUCCAACCAGGGAAAAGCUUUAUCUACCGGUGGACUGCUGUCGAAUACGGCACGUACUGGUACCACGGUCAUGAACAUGGCCAGGUCUCGGAUGGCCUGUUCGGGGCAAUUGUGAUUCGUCCGGCCAAGGACCGGCUGGCGCCGUUCGGGAAAAUUUCCAGUUCAGCAAAAGACUUGCAGAGUAUCAAGAAGGCUGAACUGAAACCAAUACCGAUAUUUUUGUCUGAUUGGCAUCAUCUCACUGCGGCAGAAUAUUUUAAUGUUGAGUUAGAAUCAGGGAUUGAUAACUUCUGUUCUGAUAGCAUCUUGAUAAAUGGGAAGGGAUCGGUCAUUUGCAAGACUCAAGAUGAGGUGAAUAGAUUGACAAGACAAGAUCAAUCAGUGCUCCUGGUAAAUGAAACUUUGACGGAUAAAGGGUGUCUUCCGUAUUAUUUGCCUUCUGUCGUUGGUGAUUUUCCAAUUGUUCCCGAGAAAGUCCCCAAAGAUCUUUUCUACAAUUGCCAUCCAAGCCAUGGAGAACAUGAGGUUAUUACUGUCGACCCUGCUGACGGUUGGGCAAGCUUAAACUUUAUAAACUCGGCAACAAUUGCUACCUUCAUGCUAAGCAUCGAUGAACAUAAAAUGUGGGUGUAUGCGGUGGAUGGACAUUACAUCGAUCCCGUUCUCGUUGACGGAAUUCCCAUCGCCAACGGCAACAGAUUUUCUGCACUGGUUAGGCUCGAUAAGCCGCGCGGAGACUACACCAUACGUGCCGCCAACGUUGCAAGCAGCCAAAUCGUCAGUGGGUUUGGAACGCUUCGAUAUAAAGGCCAAGAUACGAACAACCCCAGAAAGCCUAGCAAGCCUUCCAUAGACUACAACGGGCUCAACUUAACCGCAGACUUUGUCGCUCUUGAAGAGAACAAGAUCGUCCCGUUCCCCCCAUCUAAACCAGCCGCCAAGGCCGAUACAACUUACAAAUUCAACUUUGGAUUCUUCGACUCAGCAUUUCGCUGGACCGUUAGCGGAGAAGCCUCUUUAAACAUUUCGCAAGGCAUCAAGCCGGUUCUCUUCGACAUCAAUGGGCCGCUUGGAUCGCAUAGAAACCUGACCUUCCCAACAAAAAACGAUACAUGGGUGGAUCUAAUUCUUAUAACAGGCGGGACAUUCAACCCUCCACAUCCGAUCCACAAGCAUUCGAAUAAAGUUUAUGUGAUUGGCAAGGGGACAGGGCCGUUUCCUUGGGACACUGUUGAGGACGCCAUAAAAGAGAUGCCGCAGUUCUUCAACCUAGAAACACCGCGGUUUGUCGAUGGGUUUACAUCACCUCCUGGUACAAAACUGAACCCGGGCUGGGUGGCGGUUCGGUAUCAUGUGGUUAAUCCAGGGCCAUUUUUGCUACACUGCCAUAUCCAGACGCAUUUCGCAGGGGGGAUGGGAAUUGUUUUGUUGGAUGGGGUUGAUAAAUUACCCAAGGUACCGCUGGAGUACUUGAAGGCUGAAUUUUAA